AACAUACAAUUUAAAAGAGAGCAUUCGUUUCCGCUGAAAAUAGGAGAGCAUUCCUUUCCACUGUUAAAUGACCUUACGUGUCUCGAAUCUUUCGUAACCAUCAGAUUGAUGUCAAAAUCUGAAAGUAAUGAAGAGGAGUUAAGAAUUUUAAUACCCGAUGGCAAAGCAAGAGCUGACUUAGUUGGCCAGUGGGAAAAAGCCGAACUUUCGUGAAUCAAAUGAAAGCAGUAUUCUUCUUAAAUCGUCUAGCCAAUAAUUUCACUUUCUUGAAUGGCUGGCUUUGUUUACGUUAUUUAUUCCAAAUGCAUUUAAUUGACUGGCCUUUUAUGACAAGUGGCCUGGCCUUCGAGCCGGAAUCUAUAUCCGCUUGUAAAUAAGUACCCAACUGUCACUUAAAGAAAUGGACAGCACACUAAGCCAGUAAAAUUAUCAGAUUCUGAGUUAAUAUUUAAACUGUGCUGUUUGUGUCAACUUGGCUGAAUCGGUGCAUGUUAUCGGAAUGAUAACAAAUUCCUUCUGAUUAACGCAUGAGUGCUUGAUUCUUGAUCAGUGCAUGCGGCGGUGAGUAAUAUGUAUCGUCUGUGGUUGAAUAGUGGAUUUUCUGUGCACGCCGAUAGACAGUAAUGCACAAUGCCAAUAUCCAACUAGGUAUGGGCGUCUAGUGGUAAAUAUAUACCCAAGAAACCUGUUGCUUUACAUUGAGGAACGGUGUUGGCUAUCAUGUUCAUGGCGUACGAUUUAUUUUGUUUACAGGAGAAAUGGGAGCAAGCUUGAGUACACAUGGAGCAAUCACGUUACGAUUAAAGAAGAGAGACAUAACAACUCAAGCUGCCCCUGGAAAAGGCUCUGAAAUCAGCGAUGAAGAAGUCUCUGGGGAGGGUAGCGGAGUUAAAAAUUCUUCUGGCCAUGGAAAACAUGACUCGCCGUCCAAACAUCGUCGAAUCGUGCUGAACGUGUCAGGAUUCCGAUACAUGACUUACGCCAAAACAUUGGAAAGGUUUCCUACCACCCUUCUGGGAAAUAUAGAGAAACGGAAACAAUAUUACGACGAAGAACGCGAUGAAUACUUCUUUGACCGGAACAUUCAAGUGUUCGAAUUAAUUUUGUACUUCUAUCAGUCUAAUGGCCGAUUGGUCUGCCCUCCAGAGUUGGCUCCGGAGAUUUUAUUGGAAGAGGUAGAGUUUUUCGAACUUGGAGAGCAAGCUGUUAAUGCGGUUAAGGAUAUUCUGAACGAAGAUGAACCACCAGAGAAAGCAAUAAUAAUGCCAGAGAACAGAGCGCAAAAGAUAAUAUGGCGACUGUUCGAGUAUCCCGAUUCCAGCAAAGCGGCUCGUGUGUUAGCGCUGUUGUCUGUUUCAGUAAUCGUGGCAUCGAUAGUGGUAUUGUGUAUAGAAACACUUCCCGAGUUCAUCGUUCUGUCAACUGAAGGGGUUAACGCAAAUGAUACGGCAAAGUUACAAGAAAUUAGGGAACACAACAAGUUGGCGACAUCGGUAAAGAACGUGUUUGGGCAGCUUGAAAUUGCAUUCAUUAGCUGGUUUACAUUUGAGUAUUUAGUACGAUUAAUGGCUAGUCCACAUAAAUGGAUGUUCGUACGUUCCUUUCUAAAUGUGAUCGAUUUACUCGCUAUACUGCCGUUUUACGUGGAACUGGGACUUAAAAACAGCAGCGAGCAGACAUUUUCACUCGCCUUUCUCCGAAUUUUAAGACUUGUUCGAGUGUUCCGUAUAUUUAAGCUUUCGCGUCAUUCUAGCGGACUCCAAAUUCUCGGACUAACGUUGCGGAAGAGUCUGCGAGAGCUUGGACUCCUGAUAUUUUUCUUAGUAAUCGGUGUGGUAAUAUUCUCAAGUAUGAUUUACUAUGCAGAGAGUGGUGAUGAAGAAACAUUCUUCCGAAGUAUCCCGGAUGCCUUCUGGUGGGCUCUUGUUACCAUGACAACUGUAGGUUAUGGAGAUAUGUAUCCUAAGUCGGUGUGGGGAAAGCUUGUUGGAUCUGGUUGUGCACUCUGCGGUGUGCUUGCGAUUGCUCUACCUGUGCCAGUAAUUGUCUCGAAUUUCGACGCCAUUUAUAAAAAGUACCGCAAUCGGAAGUUGAAGCAGCAAGGUUUGCAAGAUGUAGACGACGACAGCAAAUCCAGAAAAUUGAGUGUAAUGUUCGGUUCUCGGAAGACGUCGGAAGCUGUCAUGAACAACUCGGAUAUUCGAGACUCGCGUGGAAUCGAGCUCCAGACUCUAAACGAGAUCGACUAUUUGGAAAACGAAAUGAAUGAUGACAAACGGAACGGAAAUGUCGUGCAGCGAGAAGGAGAAAAAGAGGAAGGUUCAGAACAUUCUUGGCAGCCAGGCUUGACAAAUGGAAAGAAGAAAAAAUCUCACGAUAAAGACCUUGAUCGAGAUCCCGAAAACCCCUCGGAGUUUCUUUCACUGCUCGAAGAGGAAGAAUCGUCGUUCUCAAAGCUUGAUCAGACCAAUGUUUGAAAGACUAAAAAAUUUCCAAGCUGGCAUAUCAAGCAUGAUCCAGAGUCGUGUAAGUGUCAUGAAGAGGACCCAUCCCAGGCAGUUUCAUGUUUGUUUUCCUCAACUAGCUUAAGAGGCCGACUCAUCACCGGUCACCACUACUAGUGCUGACUAGACGACCAGAAGGUCAAAAGGACUAAUUUUGGAAAAUUUCACUUCAUCAUGUCUCAUAUCCCCAAUUUUCACUGACAUUUUGCUGAUUAAUGAAUCUCUGCUCAAUAGGAAUACCUCUCAAAUUUGACUUCCGCGGGAAAAACAGAAAAAAAAACUAACACAUCAAAAGACUGCGAGAAAGGCGACAUUUAAUAGUUACCUCUCCGGGUAAUUGGAACAAAAUUGAAAUUUCUCAUUUGUAAUAUGAUGAGAUGAAAGCGAUGACAAACAAGAUAAACAAAACUAAUGAACACUUUCACUGAAACUGAAUCAAGCUUGUCAUCGAAAAUUAGCUACUAUCAGAAGAUCUAAAAGUGUCAAGGUCAAAUUUUGUACAAAAAUAGUUGUUUUGAAACGAUUCCUUUUUUGUAAUUGAGAAAUGAGAAAUGAUUAUUUUUUUCUAUUUAUAACAUCGGCAUUUUGUAAAUUUCGGCUUGAGGAUUCCAAUUAGUAUACAAAUGUUGUAUAAAUUUUGCUUGGCAUGUGGCGUAUUGCUCUUUGGAGAAUCUAGAUGUUUUUCUGUCGAACAAAGGCAUUUAUUCAACCUUAGAGAUAUAUUUUGGAUUUUUGUGCACUGUUAUUUCAAGUGCGACUGAAAUGCCCUGAGAGAAGAUCUCAAGACACUUCAAACGACUUACGAGUGGUCAUAUUGAUUGUACAAGUAAUUUAUGAAAUAUUUUUGUAGCACGGAAACUGAAGGACACUAUUUUCAAGCAUGGAAGUUGCAAGUUUUUUAAUUAAACUGCGGUGUUGACGUA